AUGCGCCUCUUCCAGCACCUUGCUGCCUUGGCUGUCUCAUAUUUCUGCCUCUCAUCAACAGUCGAUGCCCACUCCAGAUCGAGAAACCCGUUAAACUAUCUCUCCCUAAUUGAGAACCCCCGAAUACACUCUCCCUCCCAGAGGGUUAAUGCCUACUCAAGUUUUGACUUGACAUUCGAUCUCCACCAAAACUCGGAACAUGUCAGGCUCAGUCUGGAACCAAACCACGAUAUCCUCCAUCAAGAUUCAUACAUUGAGUUUAUCGACAAACAUGGCAAUGUCCAGCACGCGGAAAGGAUGCAACGGGCAGACCAUAAAGUGUACCAGGGCAAGGCAUUCGUGGUCGACCAUGAUGGUAUGUCCACGUAUGUCGGCUGGGCUCGUAUCGUGGUGAGAAGAGAUGGAGUGCAGCCUCUGUUUGAAGGCGCCUUUACGAUACAUGGCAACCAUCAUCACAUUCAGAUGAAAUCCAACUACAUGGCCACCAAGCAUCUGAUGGACCCAGACCUGGAAGACGAUGACGACGAAUACAUGGCCGUCUGGCGAGAUUCCGACGUUAGUCGACAAGCACACACCCAGCUGAAGCGCAGUGCUGGGUUGACUUGUGCUUCUGACAAGCUCGAGUUCAACUCGAACCCUGAACACCCUAUUUUCCGGGACUUGAUGCUCAAGCGUGACGUGGGCUACUGGGGUGCCGUGUCGUUUUCCAACUUGCUCGGGAAGCGCCAGAAUAUUGACGGCGGGGGCGCCGGGAAUGGGAAUUCGGCGGGUGUCAAUCUCAAGUCAACGAUUGGCAGCACAGCGGGCUGCCCGACAACCCGCAAAGUUGCUCUGCUUGGGGUUGCUACUGACUGCGGCUAUACCAGCAGCUUCAACUCCACGGACAGCUUGAGACAGAACGUCAUCACCCAGGUCAACACGGCCUCUGAUCUGUACCAAUCCACUUUCAACAUCACCCUGGGUCUCAGAAAUCUGACCGUCUCCGAAGCCGAGUGUCCCAGCAAUGCGAGCUCUCAAACUCCGUGGAACGUGGGCUGCACCGGCAGCACCGACAUCACUCAACGGCUCAACCUGUUCUCGCAAUGGCGCGGGCAGCGGGGCGACGAUAACGCCUACUGGUCGCUCUUCACCACCUGCAACACGGGUGCCGAAGUCGGUCUUGCAUGGCUGGGGCAGUUGUGCAAUCAUGGCUCAACCGACCAGCAGGACACCAGCGGCAGCACUCAAAGCGUCACCGGCGCCAAUGUGAUUGCAAAGACGUCGACGGAAUGGCAAGUGUUCGCCCACGAAAGCGGUCAUACCUUUGGCGCCGUGCAUGAUUGUGAUUCGAGCACGUGUGCCGACUCCAACACGGUCAACUCGGGCCAAUGCUGCCCCCUUUCCGCCACGACGUGCGACGCCAACGCCCAGUACAUGAUGAACCCUUAUUCGUCUUCCGACAUCACGACCUUCUCGCCCUGCUCCAUUGGCAACAUUUGCAGCGCUCUGGGUCGCAAUUCGGUCCAAUCGGGCUGUCUCACCGACAACAAAGGCGUGGUCACAAUCAGCGGCAACCAGUGCGGCAAUGGAAUCGUCGAAGAGGGCGAGGAUUGCGAUUGCGGUGGCGAGUCAGGAUGUUCCGGAAACUCAUGCUGCAAUCCCACGACCUGCAAAUUCAACGAUGGCGCCGUCUGCGACCCCAGCAACGAAGGUUGCUGCACGGCUUCGUGCCAAUUUUCCAGCGCGGGGACUGUGUGCCGUGCAACCACCGGCCAAUGCGAUCCUCAAGAGACUUGCUCGGGCACCAAUGGAACUUGCCCUGCCGACACGACUUCCCCUGACGGGACCAGUUGUGGUGACGGGCUCAAGUGUGCCAGUGGUCAAUGUACCAGUCGUGAUCUUCAGUGCCGGACACUCAUGGGAAGCUACACAUCCAACAACGAUACCUACGCUUGCAACAGCCAGACGUGCACCCUGAGCUGUGCUAGCCCUGAUUUUGGCGCCAACGUCUGUUAUAGUAUGCAGCAGAACUUUUUGGACGGGACUGUCUGCGGCGGGGGCGGACACUGUGAAAAUGGUGUUUGUCGUGGGAGCACCGUUGGCGGCGAGGUCAAGUCUUGGAUUGACGACCACAAGACUCUGGUGAUUGCACUGGCCAGUACAAUCGGCGGCCUCAUCCUUCUGGCGGUCCUUGGCUGUUGUGUGCGAGCCUGCAGACGACCGAGACAGAAGAGGCUGGUCGGCAUGGCGCCUGGAGGCCGCCAGAAUAGGAGGGGAGCUCGCCGGAAUCCACCCACUGGAUGGGAUGGACCGCAGGUUCCAGCCCAGAUGAGAGACCGUGGUUACGGUGGCGGACAGCCACCUGUACAGAUGCAGCCCGCUCCCAAUGGUUGGUAUCCUUCUCAACCGCCACCGGCCUACGCGGCUGGAUGGGGAGAUGGUCAACGAGGCAACAGUGUUAGGUACGCCUAA